UUGAAACCAACUGCAGAAAUAUAAAGCCUUUGGUUGAUUCUCGUGGUCUGGGACGGAGAGUGGUAUAUCGAGGUCAGGCGGUGCGUCAUGUUUUUUCGCAUGUCAAGAGACUUUGCUACAUAAACUCGAGCAACGUUUUAUUGGCAGCUGCUGGGAGUUUUCGUUAUUAAAUCAUGGGAGAAGUAGUGCCCAUUGAAGACGGUUUAACCCAAGAGCUACCACUCCAUAUGGCGCCCACACCGAGCCCUUUGCAGAUCAUCACGAUCAAAUCGGGCUCCAUUAAGGAGACGCCUGGGUUCACGUGCAAUCCCGAUGGUUGCACGCAGGGUCGUCCCGGUGGUCAGGCCAUCAACAUUACGGAACUUGAAUCUUGGCUGCCCAUCACGGAGUCGAGAAAUGGCAACAUAUUCUCUGCAAUGUUCCAUAUUUUGUGCUCCGGGAUUGGGUUUCAGGCCCUUUUGCUUCCUGUCGCUUUUGCUGUUCUUGGAUGGACAUGGGGGAUAAUAUGCUUGUGCAUAGUAUUUAUGUGGCAACUCUACACUAUAUGGCUUCUUGUCAAUCUUCAUGAACCUGUUCCGGGAACCCGCUACAGCAGAUUCGUCCGCCUGUCAAUUGUUGCCUUCGGUCAAAAGCUUGGGAAGUUGCUUGCAAUCUUCCCUGUAAUGUACCUAUCAGGAGGCACUUGCGUCUUGCUUAUUAUCACAGGUGGAGGGACCAUGGAAUUGCUUUUCAAGAUCAUCUGUGAGGAAGGGGCCGCGUGUCAAUCCAAGUCACUCACUGGCACUGAGUUGUUUCUCCUGUUUACUUGCAUAGCUCUUAUCAUUGGUCAGUUGCCCAAUUUACAUUCGGUAGCCAGAGUCUCCCUAACUGGUGCCAUAGCUUCGAUUGGGUACUUUACUAUGAUAUGGGCUCUAUCAAUCAGCAAGGGUAGGCCUGACGGUGUUUCUUACAGCAUACCACAUGCCGCAAAAACUGGUAUGACUGGAUUUGGUAACAUCCUGAAUGCCAUUGGCAUCAUUAUGCUUUCAUUCAGGGGUCACAAUCUUAUUCUUGAGAUUCAGGGGACACUGCCUUCUAGUUCAAAGCAUCCAUGUCGUAAAUCUAUGUGGAGAGGAGUAAUGGUGUCAUACAUAAUAAUAGCAAUGUGUUUAUUUCCACUUGCCAUUGUUGGAUUUUGGGCUUAUGGAAACAAGAUACCUGCAAAUGGAGGGAUUCUAACUGCUUUUGCGGAUUUUCACAGAGAAGACACUUCAAAGUUCGUGAUAGGCCUAAUCUACCUAUGGCUAAUUUUAAGUUGCUUAAGUUCAUACCAAAUCUAUGCCAUGCCUGCUUUCGACAACUUAGAGUUUAUUUACGCCAGCAGUAAAAACAGACGAUGUCCAGGGUGGGUUCGAGUGGGAUUACGCCUUUUCUUUGGAGGGCUGACAUUCUUUAUAGCAGUGGCUUUUCCCUUCUUGGGAAGCUUGGCACCUCUACUCGGAGGAAUGGCAACGGUACCUUUGACCUUUGCUUAUCCAUGUUUCAUGUGGAUUUCGAUCAAAAGACCCCGGAGAAAUGGUGCCAUGUGGAGUCUGAACUUGGGGCUCGGUUGUUUAGGCAUUGUGCUAAGCGUUUUGCUUAUAGUUGCUGCUGUAUGGAACUUAGCUGACAAAGGCUUACAUGCCAACUUCUUCAGACCUUGAUAAAAGUUCGAGUCAUGUGUAUAUCCAUUAACUUAAGCAGGCCUAAUCAUUUUUCUUUUUGGACAAUGAAUCAUUUUUUUUUUGUUAUACAUAUCAAGAACUGCAACUGGAGAACAAGUUGUUUCCUGAUAAUUA